GGAAAAGAGGCAGAGACGAGCUGGAUGCGGCAGGCGCCGGCUGGAGUAUAUGCGAGGGAUUGCUAACACCGGACAGGACGCCAGCGGCAUGCUCUAAAAAGGUCCAGCUGCGCAGAAUCACGUCCGAAUUGCAUGGUAAGUGGAUUUGGGAGCCAGCAAGCUAACGGUUAGAGAGAACGGUGAAUCUGAUGAUGAACGCCAGUCGUGAGCUGUCCCGGCGCGAGCGCAUGGUAGAGCACAUGGGCAGCCAGUCCGGCACAGAGGAGCAGGAGCAGAUAGAUAGCCCCACAACCGACAGUCAGAACACCUACCACCAACGGCCGUAUUGGCCCAGCGCGCCGCGACUGGCACACACCUGAGCGCCACGGCCUUUGCGGUUCUGCAUCCCCCACUUCGUCCCCCUGAGCUGGUAGGGCUCAUAAUAUUUCACCUGCUUAUCUGGGGCACAUAACCAGAAAAUAUUGUUUUCUAUUCACCACCCGGAAACUUAUUCCGUCGCAUGACCACGUACGAAAAGAUAGUCAAGGGGGCCACGAAAAUCAAGCUGGCGCCCCCAAAGCCCAAGUACAUUGAGCCCAUACUGAUGGCCACGGCAGGCGGCGAGAAAUCGGAGAAGUUCCGGGUCAUCAUGCGCUCUUUAGCCGUUCGCUUAGACGACACAGCCUGGUCCAUUGUGUACAAGGCACUGAUCGUGGCCCACAUCAUGAUUCGCGAAGGUGAGGAGGACGUGACGAUCUCGUAUCUUGCCAAAAAUCCGCAUAUGCUCGAAUGUCGCAACAUCGCCAAGUCCGGCACCUUCAUCUCCAACGGCGGCGACCUGAAAACACUCAAGAACUACUCAAAGUACCUUACCACACGUGCCAAGGAGUACGCGAACGUGAAACACGACUAUAUUCGGGAAAUGAAGAAGCCCGUGAGCUCUUGGUCGACAAAGGACACCGGUUCCCGUCUGCGGUCGCUGAGCGUCGAUAAGGGGCUUCUUCGAGAGGUCGAGAGCGUCCAGAAACAGGUGGACGCACUAGUACGCUGCCGAUUCGCGGAGGCCGAGGUCAACAACGACGUUAUCAUUCUCAGCUUCAGAAUGCUCGUCAACGACCUGCUGUCGUUGUACCAGGCCCUGAACGAGGGUGUGGUUAACAUCUUAGAACACUUUUUCGAGCUCAGCAAGUAUGAUGCCGAGCGAGCCUUUGAGAUCUAUAAACAUUUCACCAAGGAAACCGAACAGGUGGUGGCCUUUCUGCGGGUCGCCAAACAUCUGGAGCACGUGACCAAGCUGCACGUGCCGGUGAUCAGGCACGCGCAGACGGGACUCACCGACUCGUUGGACGAGUAUCUGCACGAUCCAAACUUCGACAUCAACCGAAGACAGUAUCUGGCGGAAAAAGAGAGCAAGAAAAGCGGGAAACGCGACGAGCCCAAGGAGCAGCAGCAGACCGUGCCUCCGCCUCAGGCUGCAACGCAGUCGUCGCCCAGCGAUGGCCUGGUGUUCCAGCAGACGGGAUAUAAUCCGUUUGCCGGAUUUACUCAGAUGGCCACAGGCUUCAGCAAUCAACCCGUCAAUGGCAACUUCUCGGGACAGCCGCAAUUUGUUUCACAGCAGAACUUUCAGACGACACUGCCACUGCAACAAAUCCCAGAGUCGCAGCCUGUACAACAAAUCCACAUGUCGCAGACGCAGCCGCUCCAGCAAACGUCGACUUUCCAGCCUUUCCAGCCACAGCAGACAGCCACUUUGCAGCGGAGCUCAACUUUCGAUGCGCUUCCACCUCCUGCAGAGCAGAACGUCUACCCACAGCUGACAUCAUCGUUCACAGGAACAGGGUUUGGUGGCUAUAGUCCGCAGCCACCGAUUCAGAGGCAGACAACGUCCUCCCUCAGAGGAAACCUCAAGAGACAGUCCACCAAUCCGUUUGCUCUUGAGCGGUCCAGUUCCAGCAACAACCCAUUCGCCAAGCUGGAGGCCGCUGGUACAGGCACGAAUCCCUUCAGAUCGGGUUCUGUGAGUGCGCUGCCGGUGCAAAGGCAGCCAACGGCAGGCGGACUAGAGAAUUUGCCAACCGUGCCUGUGUUCCCCGAAACCAAGCAGGAGUCCAGUCAGCAACAGGCACAUCAACAGGCAGUGUUCCAGCUACAACAGGCCGCUGCACAGCACAAAGCCCAGAUGACAGGAAUGAGUCAGCAGCAAACGGGUUACAAUCCAUUUGCACAAAACCAGACGGGCUACAAUCCAUUUGGCAGCGGAGUCUACAACGGUCCGAAUUUAAUAUAAUAGUUUCAUCAUUCAUUAUAGUUGAAUAUGUCGUUCGCAUCAGACGUGUGGGAGGUCCGGCGUGUACGCACCGGCUUUCUUAUCUGUGCGUUUCAAAUAAUUCACCAGAAGCCUGUCCUGUUUCUCGUUUGGCUGGUAGAAGUCGGUCUUAUACUCGUGCUGCUUCUUGAGCUCCACUCUUUCCUGGUCAAGCUUCGACUUGAUGGCAUUGGAGAAGGUUGGUCUGGCGAAGUAUGCUAUGGUAACAACGGGAACUGCCGCCACAGACACACCGGCAAAGAAUUUCAUUGGAGUCACUGCCAUGAUAGAUUGUUAGAGUUAAUUAAAUUGUAC